GGCCAUCGGUCCAAUCAUGGACCUCAUAACGCUGUUUCUUCCGAAACAAGAAGAUCCAACAUUAACAUUCUUGAAAGAACAAUUUUCAAGCGUGGAUUCAAAUUUCAGAAAUAUGGAGAGGCUUUUCGGAGAAGUUUCAAAUCUAAUCAAAUCAAAAGGUGUAAAAUCGCAGUUUUCGGCAAUUGAACAAAAUGUCCAUGGAUUGUCAUACCGCCUUCAUAUGUUGAUGAAAGCUCCGAAAGAUGCCGUCAAUGGUCAAAAGGCCCGGUUUGUCUCGUCAUUCAAGGUCAGUUAUCAAAACGCAGCGAGAAAAACAUAUAACGGCAUAAUGACAAAGUAAUCUUUUACGGACAAUAUUCCAAAUGAAGCGAUGCAAUAUACAAACUAUGAUCGAAAAAAGAUGCAAAAACUGAUGGUUGGAUAUCUGGGACUUCUCAUUAUGGCUGUUAAAGUCAACUUAGCCUACUUGGAAUUAACAAAUAGAAAGGCCAGCUAUAAAAUGGAAAAGAGUGAAUGGGAGAAAAGCAUUAAGAUGGUUCUAAAGAAAGUGAAAAGCGUGGAUGAGGAAGUCACCAAUGCAUGGGAACAUCAACGAUAUAAAGAUUUGAAAGACCUUUCUGCACAAUACAAAGAUGAUGACCACAAAGGAUUUGCAGAUCGGUUGCACAGGUUUUAUUCAGAAAAACAUUACUGGAGGGACUGGGUUGUCAUUGUAUACAACAAAAUGCCUAAAUCGUGGACUGGAAAGAAUGGACAUGACUUUAAGCUAUGUGGAGGUGACGAAUAUCUGGAAAAGGACGGUAGAAAUGUUUUAACAUCGAGCGUACCAAAAAGAGAAACAGAAGAUUAACGUUACCGAGUACGAGAAGAAGUUGAGUAAAGUUACAACUGAGACACAGGUAUGGAUUCAUUAUGCCUGGGAUGCAAGGGCGGCGCUGAAACAAAUUGCGAAGUUUAGCAGUGGUUCUGAUGUGUGUAUGCGAGCCGUCAUAUCUGAUCGAGAAAAAGUACAAACAAAAAGGGCUCCUGGUCGCUUAGCUAGCAAAUGGAAAUACUUUUACAACAUGUAUAUCUUUGGCUGAUAAUUUGCACUU